AUGUUCUUCUUCCUGCUCAACCUGGCCCUCAGCGACCUGGGCUCCAUCUGCACCACUGUCCCCAAAGCCAUGCACAAUUCCCUCUGGGACACCAGGGACAUCUCCUACUCAGGAUGUGCUGCUCAGGUAUUUUUCUUUAUCUUCUUCAUUUCAGCAGAGUUUUCCCUUCUCACAGUCAUGAGCUACGACAGCUACGUGUCCAUCUGCAAACCCCUGCACUACAGGAUCCUCCUGGGCAGCAGAGCUUGUGCCCACAUGGCAGCAGCUGCCUGGGCCAGUGCCUUUCUCAAUGCUCUACUGCAAACAGCCAAUACAUUUUCCCUGCCCCUCUGCCAUGGAAAUGCCCUGGGCCAAUUUUUUUGUGAGGUGCCCCAGAUCCUCAAGCUCUCCUGCUCACACUCCACACUCAGAAAAAUUUGGAUUUCAUUGUUUGUUACCUGUUUAGCUUUUGGUUGUUUUGUGUUCAUAGUUUUCUCAUAUGUGCAGAUCUUCAUGGCUGUGCUGAGGAUCCCCUCUGUGCAAGGACGGCAUGAAGCCUUUUCCACCUGCCUCCCUCACCUGGCUGUGCUCUCUCUGUUCCUCAGCACUGGCAUAUUUGCCUACCUGAAGCCCUCCUCCAUCUCCUCCCCAUCUCUGGAUCUGGCCCUGUCAGUUCUGUGCUCGGUGGUGCCUCCAGCCCUGAACCCCCUCAUCUACAGCCUGAGGAACCAGGAGCUCAAGGCUGCAUCGUCCCAGCCGGGCUCGGUCAGCUCUCCCGAGCUGUCUGAGCAGCUGUUAUUUGACUCUGAGGCGGAAGCUGAAUGCCAGCGCAUUUCCGGCGCUCCGUGCCGUUUUGUGCAGCUCCGACCCCGCUCCUCCCUUCGGGAGUGCGCGCUGACUGCAUUUCCGCCCCCUGUCUCCUUACUUCCGCCCUCACCAUAUGCUUCGGCGCCAUCUUCAAACCCAUACGGCGGCAGGGAGUCCCCGCCGCUCCCGGCGCCGCUCCCGGCGGGGUCGGCCGAGUUCCGCGCCUCCUUCGCCAACCCCCACCAGAACUCCCGUGCGUGUCCUCCCCCCUCCGAUGGCGAGUCCGCUCUCUGGGGGGUUUCCGCCGACCGCGCCCCCCCCCACGAGAAUGCCCGGGUCAAGAAUCUCUGCAGUCUGUGUCGCCGCACCUACCCCGGGCUGCGGGGGGGCUAG